UGCUCUCUUGGUGUAUGUCCACGUGCUUUUCUGCGUCUGUGUCUGCGAGUGUUUACGAUUUGCGAAAUGGAAGCUACGCAAGCUGUUGCAAGCACAGGAGAGACGAGAUGGUCGAAGGAGAAUGUAAGAAAGCUAAUUGAAUUGCUCGAGUUGAGGGAAUGUUUAUGGAGGAAGUCUCAUGCCUUUUAUAAGGAUAAAGUGAAACGAAAUGCUGCCCUUUCUGAAAUGUCCGACCAGUUGGCAAGAACUCCAAAAGAAAUUGAAAAUAAAAUACACAAUUUAAGAUGCCAAUACAGAAAUGAAGUGAAAAAGGAAAGAACGAGGAAAAGUGGAGCAGGCAUGAAAGAGGAUUAUACCUCAAAAUGGGAGUUUUUUAAGUCCCUCAAUUUUUUAUAUGAAGGUGGAGAGACAGAAAGGGAAAGUGAAUUUGAUUCAAUGAGCAAUACCUCGAUUGAAUUAGAGCUUGACAUGAAGUCCCAAGAAAUAUUGCUUGAGAGUCAGUUGGCGUCAACCAUGUCUCAUGAUGCAGGGCCAUCAACAUAUGUGGUGUCAUCUGCCUCUCAAAAAAAGAGGAAAAGAGAAAUUUCCAAAGAUGAAAUUCUAAAAAAAUGCAUGACUGUAUUAGAGACACACAUUGACGAACACCAAGUGUUCGGAAAGUUUGUGGCAAGUGCUCUUAGAGAUCUGCCGGAGAGAUUGCAAUAUAAACUAAAAAUUGAUGUAACAGAGCUAAUAGUUAAUGCUCAAAAAGAGCAUUAUAGUUUAAUGCAAUAAAAAUUGUUAAGCUC